CAUAGAAGUGGAGGAUACUCCUCAAAGUGAAGCAAUGAAAAAGACAGAGGCAAGACCGUCCAAGUUAGAACCAGGCUUACGAGUGUCCUCAGAGAAAAAGUCAAAAAAAUGUGAUCACAAAGAAAAUAACCGGCCAUUGAAAUUCUUCGAGAGGGUUUUUCGGGAUAGUCAUUCCUCUAGGACUCGAGAAGAGGAAAGCAAAGACAUCACAAAAGGAAGAGUUCUUGCAUGGGUUGAAAAAGAUGAUCUCUCUAAGCCUAGAACUACAGAGAAAAAGUCUUCCACAGAUGAAGUAGAAAUAAUCACGUUAAAGUCUUUCAAAUCAGAUUUGUCUCUAGAGGUAGUCAUAGAAGUGUCAUCGGAAGAAGAACAGAAGGGAGAGGAUGAUGAUAAUGAUGAUGUUGGUAAUGGCAUCGCACAUCUGCAACACUCGGAAGAAGAAACAAAGCAGACAGCAGGGAAAAGUAACCAAGGGACUAGUCCUUCCAAUAAGACAUCCAUAUUCCAGAAAGAAGUUGAAGACCCAACUGAGGACUCUAAGGGAGUAACAACAGAGCAACCCUUAGGAAAAGAUGAGGAGCCCAGAACACAGAAAAAUGAAGAUUCAAAUGAAGUCACUGAGGAAGAAACAAGAAAGCAGUCAGUUGGAAAAAGUAGCCAAGGGAGCCCUUGUAAGCAAACUAAUAAUGACAAUCUCACUAUGAUAAUUAUAGGGAUAACAGUAACAACAAUGAUAAAUUUGCAGAUGUGCAUGAAAGUUAUUUCAUGCUCAAGCAGUAUUAAAGGUGUGCAUGACCCCAAACAUCAUUUCUUUUAA